CUCGCCAUGUAUGGAUUAAGACCCCAUUGGGGCUCCUACUAUUGCUCGCUUAUUGUAUAUGCGUUGUUGCUGCUAUCGCUGUGUUCGGAUGUGGUAAUUGCCGAGAACAAUGAGACUGCUUAUUAUAUGGUAUCAGCAGCGGAGGUGAUAUUCUCGAAACGUUCCUAUGGCGUCGUUGUGGGCAUCUUUGAGAGCAGUGUCAGCUGCAGUUGUGAGGUGAUUCUGCAGGGUCCCCGAUUUUACAUGAGCAUGCAAAUGCAAAUUACUCCAAUGCAUCCGAUGAGCUCGUAUCGUUUUAAGCUCCCAGAACUGGAGAGCGGUGAUUACAGCUUGACUGUGAAUGGAUUGCGUGGGAUGAACUUUACAACCACCAAAAAAUUGACUUGGCAAAUCUUCAAGAACUUUGUGAAAAUUCAAACACCGAAAACAAAAUAUUGGGCUGGAGAAUUGCUGCAGUUUCGUGUAAUCUUUCACAAUGAACUGAUGAAGAUUGCGACACCCGAAUACAAGGCGACAAUAUGGAUAGAAGAUGCAAAAGGCUACCGUGUCUGUCUCUACCAUGAGUUUCCGACCAUUAAAGGCGUAUUUGAAUCAGAGCUGCACAUCGGCAGAUAUCCAAACAUCGGAGCGUGGCAUAUCUGUGUAAAGAAUGGAGUCCAUACGAGCGAACAGUGUGCACAAAUACAAGUCGAGCAGUUUGAUCCUACAUUUUCAGAAACAAACUCGACGCUCUUUAAGGCGAAUAGGCUACGCAGCUUGAGGCCAAUUAAAAGAAGAUCGCGGUCACGUCGAUCUGUGUCACUUGGAAAUAGUUUCCCAGCUGAAGUUUACAAAGCAAAAAUUCGUUCUCAUAAAGCAAAAAGAAUACCAAAAAACGAGAAUUUAAUUGAGCUUAACUUUGGCGCUCCAACGCAGACCACUGAGACAAUGAAGUUUCAACUUGAUCAGAAACUCAACUAUACUAUAGCUGUAGUAAUGUUUAAUGGCAUGGUUUUGGCAGCCGGCACAUCUUAUCCCGAUAAAAACAACACAUUCACCAUCGAUCUGAGGGUAACUACGUUAAUGUGGCCGUUUGUUCAUGUAACUCUCUAUGGCAUGGAAUCGGGCUCAACAGCUUUAUAUGUGGCAACACAAACGAUUAAACUAAAACGAGGCAAACACGAUCAUGUUAAUAUCAUGGCACCCACAGUAGUUAAGCCCGGCGAAGUGAUCUCACUUCGUGUUAAUGCAGUUGGCAAAUCAUAUAUGGGUCUCUCAGCAAUAGAUAGUCGAAUAUUUGGCGUGACGAAUGAUAACGAUUUCAAUGAACAUUAUUUUGAUAUCAUUAUGGGUGCACUUCUAACCUUUCCUCACCAAGUACAACUCUCUGAGAAUCCAAAAGCCUCGAAUCUAGGUUUAUUUGUAUUGACGAAUGCAAAAAAUAUUUUUGAAGUCAAGCCAAAGAAUGUUAAUGAGACAUCGUCCUUUAUACCAAAGUCAGCUUUUACUAAACCGGCAAAUCCAGCGGCAUCAAGGAAAAAGAAAGGUAUGAGAAUGAGAUCUGCAGCGUUCCAUCACAUUGAUAGCAACAUUCCAAAAACAAAAACAACAGCAAGGAAACUUUACCCCAGUAUAACUUUGCGUCGAUCUCCAAUUGAUGCUUACUGCUGCAGUCUUCCGCCAUCGAACAACGACUUCAACGAUGUGAUGCUGUUCGAAAGUGUAGAAGACACGCAACCUGGCUGGAGAAACUUUACAGUACAUGUUCCUGCUAAAAUCACAGAAUGGAAACUGAAUGCAUUUUUAAUGCAACCCUACACUGGACUCACACUUUUCCAAUCCAAACAGCCCUUCAUCAGCAUUCAAGCCACAAAGGAUCUAUAUUUGCAAUACAAUGUGCCGCGCCAUAUUAAAGUCGGCGAACUUCUAGUUCUGCCUGUGCAUUGCUUCAAUCAGCGGCCUAGAAAGAUGAAUGUGGUAAUUAAAGUCAAGCAAAAUCCAGAGAUCUUUCAACAACUAGACAUUAAACGGAGAACUUUUCCUGCCUCAGACUACGUAGAGCAAAAUCUGCAGUUGGCCCGUAAAAGUUCCAACACUCUUAAUCUUUACAUACGUGCUCUUAAAGCUGGCACUCUGCGACUUUCUAUAACGGCAGUGAGUGAUGCCCUAAGCGAUACUGUAGUACAUCCAAUCGAAAUUAUACAACCGGGUCAAUUAGUAACUCACCACGAGGAUAUCUACAAAAAGAUGGGGUACCGUACAAUGCGCACACAGUUUGAAAUCAAGUUGCCACACAAACCUUCAGCGAACGAUGUCAAAUGUUAUUUGAGUGCCGACUUGAUUGCAGCCAACAUCCAAGGUCUCGAGCGCAUUGAUCGCACAGACAACGGUGAGCAAGUGAUCAGCAAAGUGAUGGGUGUCUAUUUGCUCUGGGACUUUGUCCAGGGUCACAAUUGGAUGAAGAAGAAAUGGCUACGGCAUCUAGAAGAUGAGCUCAAUGAUGGAUUUCAGUCGAUGCAGCGAAUGCGUGCUCGUGAUGCUGGAUUUAGUUUCGCGGAGAAACCAGAAGGCAAUUGUACAUCAGUCUGGUUGACAGGCUAUGCCCUGCAGAUGUUGCAAUUGCUGCAGAAAACGCCGGUUACUUUUGAUCCACGUGUGAUAAUACAGUGUGAGAAAUAUCUACUCAAUCAUCGAGUGAAUCGCAAAGAGUUUGUGGAAAAUUGCAAUACGCCAGAGCGACGCAAACUGAGUAAUUUGGAGCUUUCUCUCGAUGUGCUUAAAGGUCUACAGUUGUCCAACCGCAUGAUUCGCAUACAGGAGUCGCAUAGAUGGGUUAGCAAGCAGCUGGCAAAGCAUGCCAACUAUCAACUGGAGGCGAAGCGUGGCUUCAAUCUGCAGACAUGGCAGAAGCCCAAUGAAACAACAAACGGCAACUGGUCGGAAAUACGUUGUAAUAUCGAAAUAGCAGCAAACAUUCUCAUUUCACAGGUGACUCGCAAAAAAGAUGUAACAACCGAAAUAUACACAUGGUUAAUCUCUCAACUCUAUGGUGAAAACUGUCGAGUGGCAUGCUUUGAAUGCAGUGUGGCCAGGAAAGCGAUCUAUAUUUACACCAGAUCGCUAACAAGUGAACCGGAAGUAAAUCUGGCCGUAACUGUUAUUGGAGAUAAUGGUCAGAGGAAGAAUAUUCGGUUCGAUUCAUCGAAUAAAUAUCAAACCCAAAUGGUCAAUAUACAGCCUAAAUCUCAAGAACUCAAUUUCAUAGCCUAUGGUCUGGGUGAAUUGCUGGUACAAUGUUCCUAUCAAUAUGAUCCAAACCAGCAGGCGGAUCCCGAUGCAAAUGUGACCACCUCUUAUAAAAUUGUAGUUGAACAAAAGAAACUGAAGAAGAUUUCGCAAUCGUAUAUAAAUAUAUGCUUGGAGCGUGACAACAAAAAUAGGGAUUUUUACAUAGGUAGUGAAAUAAUUUUACGGCUGCAAUCGGGAUAUGUGCUCAGCAGAAAUAGUGUGGAUCAACUGGUUGCCAACAAACUUGUGUUGCAAGCUGAUUCGAAGGAAGGCAAUACCAAAUUGAUUGUACGUCUGGGUCAAAUACAGUUUAACAAAUUAACUUGCUUGUCUGUGCUUGUUGUACUUCAGCACUUGGUGGAAAAUUUGCAGCCUGGCACGAUAUCAAUAUCUGAUACAAAUUCACAGCUCAAGCCUCAAGUGCGCAAUUUUAAUGUAACUUUUUAGCAAAUUUACAUCUCUUCCAUCUCUGUCUCUCUCUCUCUCUCUCUCUGUAUACCUCUGUCUGUAUAAUUGCCAAUUUCCGUAAUAAACGUGUGUGAAUUUUAUAUUAAUU